UAUGGGAGCCGAAUUCGAGUACGAACACGGCGUUCGAGGAGGACUUGAUAAGAACUCUGAUGUUAACAAAAAAAAAAAUAAGAACUCCGGAAGGCGUAGAGGUUAUCAGGAAUCGAGGAAGGCCUGGGACCAACAAAGCCAUGGGAUUAAAAAGAGUAUAUUUCUUUGGAAUCAAUGGCGUCGCCCAGGGAGAAAAAAACCUUGUUGAGUACACGAUGGUCUAUUUCGGUCGGGUCCAUAUGGCUCGGCCUCGCGGUUUUGUAGGGGAAGAGCCCGCGGCGACGGAGCCGGCUACGGGCCCAGCGGCGAGCCCAUCCGUUCAAUCAACUUCCUCAUCUCUAGCAAUUUCAGACACAUUCUUGCACUCCGGUCUCAAUGUUCUAAUGAAAUGGUAUUGCUGCUCAGUAUGCUGGGUCUCCGACAUUGGUUUCUGUAAAAUUGGAUCAUCUGACAUUCUAUUGGUACAUGGCUUCGUUUGUCGAUACUUAAAACUUGCUGUAAAUUUAGUACGCAUUAAAUUAAUUGUUGUCAACAAGAAUGAUGGUUGUUAGGUCUCUCUUUCGCACACAAACCUGACUUGAUUUUACUUCGGAUGGCAAUGGGUUCUGAACCAUUAAGUUCUAUCGACAUGUUGGUUAGGAAAGGCCAUCAUUGAUUGGCUUUUUAAGUGUGGACUAGUUGGAAUCA